CAGGGCAGACUCUGCAGCCUGCUCUCAUCCACCCCAGUCUCUCCUGGGUGCUUGUUGUCAGCUGCCCUGCUGUGUCCUCUGCCAGCCCAGACUGAGAUGGGCAAGUCCAUGCUCCUUCUGUUGCUGCUGGGGGCUUUUUCUCUUGUGUUCUUCCAAGCUCAAGCUACAGUGUGCAUGGUCUGCCAGUCUUUUAAAAGAGGACACUGUUUGGUAGGCAAGAGCAACUGCACUACAAAAUACAGCCCUGGGUGCAGAACCAGGAAUUUCUUCAUAUUCUCACAAACAGGUAUAUGGGUCCACAAUCACACUGAAUUGGACUGUUCCAAAGCAUGUUUUGCUGAAAAUAUGUAUUUUGGAAGUCUGAAGGUAUCUACCUUUUGCUGCAAAGGUGAAGAUUUCUGUAACAGGUUUCAUGGUCAAAUAGUGAAGAAGGACAUUUACUAACUGCCAAUUCCUUCAGCAAUAGCACUGCGUCCCUGUACCCUAUUUCCAACUCUAGGCAUCUCUCUAUUCCCCUCUGUGUGUUCAGCAUGAAGUAAACUUCCUUACAAACCAUCAGUUUCUGUUUUUAAAAAAGGCAAACAUAAGCAACAGAGAAACAGAUGAUUCAUGUAAGAUUGUACCCUCCUUGUUAUUCAAAAAAAAGGGAGGAAGUACCAUGCAUUCAGUUUAUAGACUGUCCUUUGUACUUAGCCAGAGCAUCUUGCCAUUCUAGCAUCUUACAAAUCCUUAUUUCUUAAUAAGAGCACUCGGAUUUUGCAGUAAACAUGGAAUCCAGGAGGAUAUAAAAGGAGUUAUAGUGGGAGCACUAAAGGUAAAUAGUGGAAGGAAGGAGGACUGGAAAGGGGAGUCUCCAUUGGGAAGAAGAAAGGAUAUUAAUUAAAGAAGGAAGAGAUGGAAAAAUAAAAUAACAAUAAUGAUGUCUGAUAAUUCAUAAUGAAUAAUUACAUAUUUACCCAGAAUUACCUAUAACACAUACCUACCUAUUGGGUAAUUAUUUGUGAAAUCUAUACUAUGUUAACAUUAGCUAUUACUUAGAGGGGAAACAGAAGGGGAAGACAAUUGGACUCACU